GCCAAUUCUUAUUAUUUCUUUUAAUAACAAGCCACAAAAAUUUUAAACAUUCAAAUGCUGCUUAUUUAAUAUAGUUUAUCCAAGUCUUUUUUUUUAUUAUUAUUAUUGUUCUUAUUGAAAUGGUCAAAGUUUCUUCAGAAUUCAUUUCUAUUGGAUGUAACAAAACCACACAUGCAGCAUGUUGGGGUAAUAGUGGUCUUGUUGCAUUCGGUGCUGAUGCUUUGAUCGCUCUUUAUUCUCCUUUAAAUGAACAUAGCAAAGGCAUCCUAGAAACAUUACCGGGACACAAGGCUCGUGUUAUUUGCGUAAAGUUUAUUGAAAGAGGCUGUGAAGGAAACAUGAGAGAUGUCGCAUUAAUAUCCGGAUCAGCUGAUAAUACAGCCAAAAUUUGGAAAAUGGACUUGAAUGGAAAGUGGAUUAAUUCUGCAACUUUAGAAGGGCAUGCGGGUGCAGUUGAGACUAUUGCAUGUAUGCGUGCUCAUUCUAUUGAGGAAGAAAUAGAUUUGAUUAUUACAGGUUCAGCAGAUGGUACCAUUCGUGUUUGGGAACGUCGCAUUAUAGAUGAAAUGAAAGAUGAAGUAACAUGUAAGCAGAUUAUACACAAUGGAAAUAAAUAUCCGAUGUCUUUGGCUUUAUCUUACCUGCCUAACAGUAAAACUCCUAUUAUUGCUAGUGGACAUACAGAUAAAUUAAUUUCGAUUUAUGUUUAUCAGAAUGAAACGAAGCAAUUUGAAAAGGUACAUAUUUUACAGGGCCACGACAACUGGGUUCGUGAUCUUUCUUUUGCCACGUAUACUGGAUCAGAUAUUGAAAGCCCCAAUAAUUUGUUUAAAAGAGGAGAUUUGAUGUUGGCAAGUGCAAGCCAAGAUAAAUAUAUUCGUCUAUGGAAGAUUUCUGCUCACAUACCGUCAAAUACAGAAACAAAAACUGACAAAACCAAUUAUGAUACAAGUGAUUUAUCUGAGGCAUUGAAGGAGAGUUCAUUGGAUGAAGAACAAUUAAGUACAAAAACUCAUAUUAUUAAUGUAAACUCACAGCAAUACUCGCUCAUGUUUGAAGCUUUAUUAAUGGGUCACGAUGAUUGGGUAUUCAGCGUAGAAUGGCAGAGACCUUAUUUACAAGCAACAAAGGAAGGUAAACAACGUUUAAUUCAACCUAUGCGUUUGCUUUCUGCAUCCAGUGAUAAAUCUAUGAUGAUUUGGAGCCCUGAUGUCAAUACAGGUGUUUGGGUGAAUGAAGUACGUAUGGGUGACAUUGGCGGUACUUCGUCUUUAGGCUUCUGUGGUGCUCUAUUCUCUCCUAAUGGCAAACAUGUCAUCUCUCAUGGUGCUAAUGGUGCAUUCCAUUUAUGGAAAGAUAUUUCAGCAUCUAAAGAUGAAACUAACUGGACUCCUCAAGUUGCUAUUAGCGGUCAUUUCAAGUCUGUUGAAAGUCUGUGCUGGGAUCCCAAGUCUAGAUUUUUAGUCUCGGUUAGUUUAGAUCAAACAACAAGAUUGUUCGCUCCUUGGAAUAGAGAAGUGAAUGGGGAAAAAAUCACAACGUGGCAUGAAAUGGGUCGUCCUCAAGUUCAUGGUUAUGAUAUCAAAUGUCUUGCCUUUGUUCAUGAUUGGCAAUUUGUUAGUGGUGCAGAUGAAAAAGUAUUGCGUGUCUUUAAUGCACCUCGUACUUGUGUUGAAAGUUUAAUGAACUUAACAGGAGAUAAAACGAUGAUGGAGAACACUGAAAAUUUGCCAGUUGGAGCCAACUUACCUGCCCUUGGUCUAUCUAAUAAAGCAGUUUUUGAAGGUGAUGAUGUAGGCGAAGAAGGUGAAGAAGGAAACGAUAACCAUUUAGGUAAUCACUCAACUACUACAGUAACACCAGAAAUACUUGCACAAGUGAUGCAGCAUCCACCUUUUGAAGAACAGUUAAUUCAGCAUACAUUAUGGCCAGAAACAGAGAAAUUAUAUGGUCAUCUUUAUGAAUUGAUUUGUGUCGAUUCAACCAAGGAUGGUAAAUUGAUUGCAUCUGCCUGUAAAGCUGCUAAUUCAGAGCAUGCAGUGGUUAGAUUGUUUAAUACAGACAACUGGAAAGAAGUGAAAACAAAGAUUGAUGCUCAUGCACUUACUGUUACCCGUGUCCGAUUCUCUCAUAAUGAUCAAUGGUUACUUACUGUUUCUCGCGAUCGUCUCUGGUCUCUUUCUAAACGCAAUGAAAAUCACGAUACACCUUAUAAAUUAGUUGCAAAGACAAAGGCACAUGCACGUAUCAUUUGGGAUUGUUCAUGGAGUCACGAUGAUAAGUUAUUUGUCACCGGUUCUCGUGAUAAGACCGUUAAAAUUUGGACUCAAACUGACUCUGAACAGCCUGUUAAAUGGGAUUGUAUUGCUACUAUUAAGUGUGCAGAAGCUGUUACUGCUGUGGAUUUUGCACCUAUUGCAAUUGAUAACAAGUAUGUGUUAGCAAUUGGUUUAGAAAAUGGUCGUAUUCAGUUGUUGUCAAGUGCAAACAUGCAAGAAACAAAUAAAUGGGAAUUAUGGUAUAAUUUAGAGGAAGGGCUUUGUCAUUAUGGUGUUAUUCGUUCUCUUACAUGGAGACAACCUACUUCGACUGAAACUAAUCUUCUUCAAUUAGCUUCAGCAGGUGAGGAUCGCUCUGUGAGAAUUUUUAAUGUAGAAUAUUAGAUGUGUAAAAAAAAAAAAAUAAAUAAAUAAAUAAAUAAAAA